AGGAUGUGUGCGAUAGUUUGUAUAUAAAGUAUAUUCUUAGAGAUUAGAAUAACAUUGUGUCAUAUUGAUCAUUCGAUUGUUUCAGCUUUAUUAAGGUGCCCUUAGGCAUUCCUAUACUCCUGUCAAGGGAUAUUACUGUUCAUCUGACAUUUGUGUUACUCUCCAAUACUCAAGAUGGAUUGCUUUGUUGGCUUAAUUGGUAUUUUCUACUUCCUUGGCGUCAGCGCCAAUUCCCCUGAGGGUGAAGCUAAGGUAGAUACUUCGACCAAAGGAGUGGGUAGUAAAUUCUUCGGUAACAAGAAAGCAAUGAUAAUAGCCGGUGUUAUACUGGUUUUAGUAAUUGUUAUCUGUGUUUCUAUUUGGAAGUGCAGUGAUAAUGGUAGUCCUGAUGCGAAGUGGUCUGCCGGUAUUGUCAUCGGUGUCCUUGCCAUAGGAGGCAUUUUAUGUUACAUCUUCAGGAACAAAAUUCGGAACUUGUUUGCGAAGAAGGCAGCUGAGGAAGUUGUAACAUCGUGAUGUGGUUGCAGUCAGAUUGGAUCGAUUCAACUGUUGUCAUAGGGGUAUAUGUAUU